AUGGAUUUGCUUGAACGGGUGACGGCGGGAGAUACAGUGAUGUCCCCCGUGCGUCCUGGUGUAGAGCGCGUGGAGCAGCCACAGGUGGGCUCUCCUUCUGCGCCGUUUGAAGAGACUGAGGUGAAGUCUCUGAGCCUGGUUCGUUCUCCCCGUGAUGUGCUCGUGGAUGUGCGCAUUGCUCGUUUAAAGUACGAGAGGGAGAAGGAAGAGCGUGAGUUUCAGCUAAAGCGUGAGAUUGCAUUAAAGCGUAUUGAAGCGGAGGCUGUUACUGCUCGCGAAGUGGCCUUUAAAAAGAUAGAGGCUGACGCUGCGCUUAGGAUGCGGCAAUUGGAGUUGCAAUCAGCGGGUCGCAGUCCAGUUUCCUCGUCACCUGUGGUCAGUGCGCCUGAGUUUGACGUGACUAAAAACAUCCACCUUGUUCCAACUUUCCGUGAGACUGAGGUUGAGUCCUAUUUUUGUGUUUUUGAGCGCAUUGCAGGGGCAUUACACUGGCCUAGGGAUGUGUGGGCAAUCCUUCUGCAGUGCAACCUAAGUGGCAGGGCGUCUGAAGCGUGUGCAUCUUUGGCAGUCUCAGACAUGUUGGACUAUGACUGUGUGAAAGGUGCUAUUUUGCGGUUCUAUGAGUCGUGGCCCAAGGCUCAUAGUGCUUACGUUAGUCCCGCGCACGUAGUUGGAGCUUUCCCUAUAGCUGUUCGUGACCAGUCUUCAAUUGAUGGGGUGGAGUCCAUCAUGUGGGAUGACAGUGCAGGUGGAAAAGUGUGUCCCAUGAGCGUUUUGACCCACGCUCAGUCUGAAAGAGGGUGGCAGAGUGACGUUGGUAAUUCUGUGCUUGCUCCUGAUUUUGCAGGUGUUGGUGCGCCCUCGUGUGGACGGACUGAUAACACCACGGUUUACAUUGAGAAGCCAGAGUUAAUCACUUCUGUGUCCCCUCCACCCACAGAUAAGAAAGCUGGUCGCAAGUUCAGUCUGGCUGGACUUGUGUUAAGUUGCGGCAUACCUGGACCAACCAAACUGCUUGACGAGGUCUCUACCGAAAUCAGACAGUUUGACCCUGACCACAACACCCUGGUUUCCCUGGCCCUGAUGUCCAACCCGGAUCAACGGCUGCUGCAGGGGGCGCUGCUGACUGUAGACUACACCGUUCGUAUCAGCACUGGAGUGGAAAGGACCAUGUUGUGGCUGAGGCCUCUUGGCGUCACAGGGGACUUGCAUUACCACUUGGGUGGUGGUGGUGGCACCCAUAUCCUUUCCCACUUUGCGAAUUAG